AUGGCGAGUGCAACGCUUAUUGCUCUCUUCCUUCUUUCAGCCCUAACCUUCUACGCUCCUUCAACCACCGCUAAACUUGUCAAGGACUGGAGUGGUAACACCGUUAGUGGCACAUUCUAUAUAUUGCCGUCACUAUUUGGAGCCCCCGGAGGUGGAAUUCGACGAUUUCCUACAGGUAACGAAUCUUUCCCUCUCUCUGUUGUGCAAUCUCCCUUCAAGGACGAUAAAGGGCUUCCAGUUACCAUUUCACCCAUAGUCCCAGGCAGAUAUAGGUCUGUAGGUGAAGAAGUGUCCAUUAGCUUCGACUAUACUCCUGCAGGAACCUCUCUAUUCUGGACCGCCGUUAAGGGUUUUCCUGAAGGAACCCUCGUUAAAAUUGGUGGUUAUUACCCAAACCCAAUCAUCGGUUCUUUCUAUAUCAGAAAAUCUAUAUUUGGACUCGAAAACUCCUAUAAUCUUUUGUUCUGCACAAGCCUCAUAGGCGUCAUCCCGGCUUGCGGAAAUGUUACUAUUAUUGAGAAUGAUAAGAACUUUCCUUUGGCUGUCACUCCGGAGAAUCCAUACGAGUUUCGUCUUGAGCAAUAUCUGCCAACAUCAGCUGAUGCUUGA